AUGGCAAUGUACCCGAACAACCGCCGGCGAUGGGCCGAUCUGAAGGACCAGGACGAGGAACAGGCGGCAUACAGGAAGCUAGCAGUCGUACAGACUCUCUCGCGCUCAGUCUUUGUCGAACUCGGGACCGGAUGGUGCUUCGACUUCGAGGAGUUCAAGAAGCAUUACCUGGCAACGCAGUGCGCCCUGAUGCUGAAAACGCCCGUCCCCGCCCCAGAGCUUCAUUCGAACAGAACGGCCCACGAAUCGCAUUGCCUCGACACGAAUCGCUACAAGGCCGGAAUGGUCAAAAUCGACGAGGCCCCAGACCAAACUUUGGAUGCCUACGGUUGCUUGUGGUAUCACCUUACGCCGUUCACCGCAGACAAACAUGUGCCGCACCGAGGCCUGGAAGACGCAUCCGACCACAUCCCGGAGACCAAGGCUCCCGUGCCGACACCGCCGAAGCCACGAAAGUGGACGGCCGAGGACGAUGCCGCGCUCGAAGAUGCUUUCCAAGUGGCAGAGGCGGACAGGGCCAACGCCAAAGCUUCGUCGCAGCAACCCGAUGCAAACACUGCGGUGGGACCUCCUCCUCCUCCUGGCGGGCAUCGCGGUGCUGCACCACGACGGGGCGGCGCCAAUUCGGACACCCCGGAAGAAAGCGGGCCCAGCAUCGAGGAGCACUUCCAGGGCACCCUGACGCUGAAGAAGAUGAGGGGCGACGGGAACUGCCUCUUUCACGCGCUCGCAGACAAGAACCAGGAACGUGGAGUUGAUCUGCGAGAACAAAUCAUACGCUUCCUGGAGCAGAACGCGGUGCACCAAGAGCACGAAGAGCAAGCGGACUCCUGGCUUCGGGAGGCCGACUACCUUCGGAGCGACCCGUACAACUGGGGAGGGGACACGGCCAUUGUGGCCUUCAGCCUGAUGAGACAGCAAAGGGUCACGCUGCACUGGCGCGGCGAGGACGGCACCAUCCAGUCCUUCGACCGCACGCACGAACAGGUGCCACCAGAACUCCCAGGACCGGACGUCCUUCACCUGUGGUACAACGGCCGCGACCACUACGACCUGCUCGUUCCCAGCCACCCAGGGCCGCGAGCGCCAGGUGCGGAAGAUCCCGCGAACCCACCGCCGCCACCACCGGCACCCCACCCGCAGCCCCGCCCACCCAAGCGCAGCAGAACGGCAGUUCGCAGCCAGGAGCGCGAGCAGCCUCGCGAGCCCCAACGCCCAGAGGUUCCGGAACGUUCCGGAGCGCAGCGAGGGGAAGAACCCUUCCCACUCGAGGAGAACCUGAACCUCCUGGAAGAGCUGAGCAAGAUGCUUGUGGCACCGGACUCCACGCACCCAAGAAGGAAAUUUGAGGACGCGCUGAAGCACUUGGCAAACACCCACAUACGAGCCCAGCCGUUGAUUCCGCCCGAAGCCCGAGCUGAGAACGUGGACUCAGGAGAGAACUGGCCGCGUGUCUUUUGCGCGUUCCAGGAAUGCACAUGGUCGUCGCCUACCGGGACGGAGAAAGACCUUGAGGCACACGUCAAAGAAGUCCACGGAGCCGCACUCACGUGGGCAGCGCAGCACAUGCCCAAGCCCAUCCCGCCAGACGCCCUGACCAGCGUCUACAACGAGGCCGUGGCACUUCGAUGCCGAGAAGACGCCCCCGUUGCAGGAAGCUCGCGGGACAGAAGCGCUCUCAGAAGCUUCGCCGAGGCCACCAGCAAAGACAACGUGGAGUCCCUGGUGUGCUUCAGCUGCGGGUGCAUCCACCCGUGCGUGGCCGACAUGGGGAAGAACUCCCGGAUCCAGUGGCACAAACCCAUCGCCAAACCGAACAACGACCAAAGCCCUUCGCAAAGCACCAAGAAGCUGCAUGAGCUCUUGAGCUUCGAGACGUACCUGAAGCACUACGACGCCUUGGCCGGCGACGUCAAGUUGAGCGAUUUGGAGGACUUCGAGGACUGGACCCUCGCGAUCCCGGGACUCGGGCGCAUCCUCUGCUGUCCGGAAGACCACCGCUGCCCAGCCUGUCCCGAGCAGCAUCCCGGCCAACACACCCUGUGCGAAAAGUGCGAGCUGCCAAUCUGCACGGACUGCCUAGAACACCUGCAGAAAGGAAAGCUUCCACCGCUGAGCCUGUGCAAUGACAUGUGGACCGGCUACGCACCGAAACGCUUGCACGAGGAGAAGAUCACGAUCAUGGAAAUGAUCUGCGCGAGCCCCUGCGUGACCACCCUGAUAUGCCUGUCCAUGGAGGCGCGAUUCCGCAGCGAGGGCACCACGCUGGACGAGAAAGCUCAGCUCCCCCGCCACCGCCUUGGAGCGCGAGGCAACGCUCUCACUUUUCCGUUGCCGUGGGAAGACGUGCUGCGCAACCUUCAAACGAACGAGGCGGAAGCAACAGCAGCAGCGGCAGCGGCGGCAGCGGGCGACGAAAGGCCGGCAAAGGCCCAGUUCCCGCGCUCGGGAGAAGCCUUGGGCGACGUCGUGAGAGUGCUCCUGAAAACCAACAAGACGGGCAAGACCAGCGAGGCGGACAUUAACACCCUGCUGCACCAG